GAAUACGAAAUGAAGUAAAGGAUAAAGAACACGAUGAAGAAUGAUGCAUUUAUUUCGUGAUUAUAAUAGUACCGUCUUUGUAUCCAUACACUGAAAAGAACAAAAAGUGACACUCGUUUUUGUUUCCCGAAGAAUUUGAAAAUCAGUUGUUCAAUGUUUCUCUGUUUUCACCUUUAUUUAUAAGCAAAGAGAUGUCUCACCAAGGAGCAGCUUUACAGGGAUACAAUAACGAAUUAGUGAAAUGUAUAGAAGACUUAUGUACAAAGCGUGAUGAUUUGCAAAAACAAAUACAUGAAGAAGAGGAAGAAAAACGAAAAGUUCAGAAUGACAUUAGGAUUCUAACUGAAAGACUAGCAAAAAUUAAUGAAAGCCUAAGUAAAAAGAUGGCUACACGACAAGAGUUUGACAAAACCAUAGCAGAAACAGAGUCGGCAUAUAUGAAGAUUCUUGAGAGUUCGCAGACUUUACUAAAUGUGUUGAAAAGAGAAUCUCAGAAUAUAAGCAACAAAGCACCAGCAGGAUCCAUCAUCAGCCAAUCCAGGAUUAAUACUGCAGCUCCAUGAUGUAGAUUGAAAACAGAGACUAUAUAUAGGCAAUAGAACAUGGACUAUACUGUAAAUCAUAGACUAUGCCAAAUUGUAGCCUAAGACCACAUUUGAGGAAUUAUAAAUUAUAAUUUAAAAAUGUAACAGCACCACACAAAAGUCAAUAUGGCGUACAUCACAAACUAAAUACAUGUAGUAUCAUUAAUGUGAGUAAUACAGUCUAUUUAUUUUGACUGAAAGUGAUGUAAGUUAUUAAAGGAAUUGCAUGAUGAUCACUGAUGAUUUUCUCAAUAAUGUCCAUCAGUUGAUAACAACUUUACUUGUAUAAAUAUGUUUAUUAGUGAUAAUUAAUGGAAAAAGCAGAGAAUGUUUGAUUGAACAAUUAUAAUUCAAUAUAUACUUGUAUAUCAUUCUAGAAAUUGAAGUAAAUCUGUUUGUAUAAAAUAAAUUCAUAGUCUAUGUUUAGUGUAAUAGGACAAUUAUAUUUUGAAAUAUAUUUAAUUUAAAAAUUAA